AGCAGACUCGAAUCAGAGAUGCAGCGAGAAAAAAGCAGCAACGCCGGCGCGGCCGAGAAGCCCGACCGGGAGGCCGCCAUAAUGUCCAAAUACUACGAUGGAGUUGAAUUUCCUUUCUGUGACGAGUUUUCCAAAUAUGAAAAAAUGGCAAAAAUAGGACAAGGAACCUUUGGGGAGGUGUUCAAAGCCAAGCACCGGCAGACGGGCAAGAAGGUGGCCCUGAAGAAAGUGUUGCGCUCAGAGGUUUACUCUGGCUCUCUGUUGCAGUUCCCCAUCACGGCGCUCAGAGAGAUCAAGAUCCUGCAGCUGCUGAAACACGAGAACGUGGUCAACCUGAUCGAGAUCUGCAGAACCAAAGCUACACAGUUCAACAGGUACAAAGGCAGCAUCUACCUGGUGUUUGACUUCUGUGAGCAUGACCUGGCCGGACUGCUGAGCAACGCCAAUGUGAAGUUCACCCUCGCCGAGAUCAAGAAGGUCAUGCAGAUGCUGCUCAACGGCUUGUACUACAUCCACAGAAACAAGAUCCUCCACAGAGACAUGAAGGCAGCCAACGUGCUCAUCACCAGAGACGGCGUCCUGAAGCUGGCCGACUUCGGUCUGGCCCGAGCUUUCAGUCUGGCUAAGAACAGCCAAGGGAACCGCUACACCAACCGCGUGGUGACGCUGUGGUACCGGCCUCCAGAGCUGCUGCUGGGUGAGCGAGACUACGGCCCCCCCAUUGACCUGUGGGGGGCCGGCUGCAUCAUGGCAGAAAUGUGGACCAGAAGUCCCAUAAUGCAAGGCAACACUGAGCAGCAUCAACUGACUCUCAUCAGCCAGCUGUGUGGCUCCAUCACCGCUGAGGUGUGGCCUGGCGUGGAUAAGAAGUACGAGCUGUACCAGAAGAUGGAGCUGCCGAAAGGCCAGAAGAGGAAGGUGAAGGACCGCCUCAAAGCUUACGUCAAGGACCCGUACGCCCUGGACCUGAUCGACAAGCUGCUGGUCCUGGACCCGGCUCAGCGCAUCGACAGCGACGACGCGCUCAACCACGAUUUCUUCUGGUCCGACCCGAUGCCGUCGGACCUGAAGAACAUGCUCUCCACCCACAACACCUCCAUGUUUGAAUAUCUGGCCCCACCCAGACGGAGAGGCCACAUGCCACAGCAGCAGCCCAAUCAGAACAGAAACCCAGCCACCACCAGCCAGACGGAGUUUGAUCGAGUGUUUUAGGGCAAAGUUCUGGACCGGUUGACCAGGACUUCAUUCAAGUGAUGCAGCGCCCUCUGCUGGCCACGUUCCUGUUCCACGGCUCCGUCUCCUGGGCAUGAGGAGACGGAGGUUUUAGUUUGGGCUCGUUUGAGAGGUUCUGUCUGUUUUCUUUCACACUUAAUUAUCAUUCUUUAGUUUGAGAACCUCUGUAAAGGCAGAGCAGUAUUUGAGGUUUUUAUUUAAGUUAAAGGAAGAAACUUUUAUUUAAACCAUUUUACACACGUCCUACAUCCAUGGCCAAAUGUAACAUAUCCAAAAUAAAAAAGUUAUUACUCAAAUUUUCAAUUUUGUGUGAAGUGAAAUACAGAAAAUGUAGCUUCCUGUGAGCUGGUGUUCCUGUGCAACAGGAAGUCAUGGGACCGAGCAACCAGAGCGUGGUCCUCCAGACUGGAUUCACAGGUCUGGUGAUCCAUGAAGAGGCACCGCCACCACCCACAGUUAUAAAUGUUAUGUAACGCUAUGCCGAUGACACCCAACUGAUCUUCUCGUUUCCACCGUCUGAAACACAGGUGGCAGAAUCUCUGCCUGUCUGACUGACAUCUCUCAGUGGAGGUCUGCUCACCACCUGAAGAUCAACCCUGACAAGACCGAGCUACUAUUCCUUCAUGGGAAAGGCUCCCCCACCCAUGACCUGACUACCACCUUCACCAGCUCUGAGUUGGCCCCGCCCCCGACUGCCAGGAACCUCGGGGUGACACUAGAGCAGCGGUCGCCAACCCGUCGAUCGCGCUCGACCGGUCGAUCUCGGACACGUUCCCUGUCGAUCUCCAAAAUAAAAUCACAAACACAUUGUU